AAAUUAAAGGUGGGUACAGACCUGCGGUGUGUGUGUGUUUGUACUUGGCGGGGGAAGUCCGCGCGCCUGGUCGGGCCUCGGAGGGGACCAGACACUCCCGGAGACCCGCAGACACACCCGGGGCGCGCGUCCAGGAUCUGCCGGCCGCACUCGAGAUCAAAGAGUCUCGGCGGACCCAGUCGGUGGGCUCUCCGGCUUCUUCUGCGACCGCUCCCCACAACGAUUCCUAAUGCACGCGGGGGUGGAUCUCCAUCGCACGGCCCCUACCCCGCCUCCCAGCCCCGCCCAGCGGCCAGCCCAGACCUACCGUCUGGAGUUCAAAUAUCAGUGUGUGAAGACCUGUGGCGCUCCGGAUCCCAAGGUCUCCCCAUCCACACAGCCCUCUACAAGCAACCCCGGGAGGCCCCAGGGGCGUGGUCACUCAGACGAGAAAGGCUUCCCCGGCUCGUACCGAAAUCUUCACCGUUUGUCCUCCGGGUCCUGGAGCCCUGCUGGCAGAAGGGGAGAGAGUGGGAGUCUCCACAGCCCCGCCGCCCUCGCGCAGUAUGAAAACCCUGAAGAAGCAGCGGCUAGAAGUACUGAGCGCCUACUGCUACCUGCUCACUUUCCUCUUCACGGGCCCCUUCUGUUCCCUUCUCCUGCUCUUCCUCCUUUUCACGUCGCUCUGGUAUUUCUCUGUUCUCUACUUGGUACGGUUCUUCCUGGACCGGGACACACACCCCGCCCCCCAGGAGGAUGUUCCAUGAACCGCCAGAGCCUGGAUUUUAUUCUCUCGCAGCCUCAGGUCGGGCAGGCUGUGGUCGUCCUGGUUAGGAGGCCCACGAUGUCCCUGUAUGCCAUCCCAGGGGAGCACUGCCUCACUGUCCAGAAUCGGAAAGGCUUUGUCCGCCUGACACUGAGGCACGGCGCUUCUCUGGUGCCCAUGUACUCCUUUGGGGAGAAUGAUAUCUUCAGAGUUAGGCUUUUGCCCCAGACUCGUGGCAGCAUCUGUGCUAGAAGAUGCUGGGCUUCAAGAAGCUCCUGGGCUUUUCUCCUUGCAUCUUCUGGGGCUAUGGUCUCUUCUCAGCCAACUCCUGGGGCCUGGUGCCCUUCUCCAGGCCCAUGACCACUGUGGGUGAGUGCCCGUCUCCAGGGAAGAAGGCUGCCAUCAGCUUCAUGAGCAGCGCCUCACCCGUGUCUCCCCUCUCCCCUCAGUGGGCUGCCCCGUCCCGGUGCCCCAGUGUCUCCAGCCCACCGAGGAGCAGGUUGACCACUCUUACAUGCUCUAUGUGAAGGCUCUGGAGCAACUGUUUGAUGAGCACAAGGAAAGCUGAGGUGUCCCAGCUUCCACUCGCCCCACCUUCAUCUAGCCCCGGCCUUACCCCUCCCCCCACACCCACCAGCCCCCCAGCCCCUGAUCCCAGUGCCCUGAGACCCCCACCUACUGCCAUGCUACUGCGCCAAUAAAAGGUAGUUCUCUCACACCACUACUUCGUAGAAUCGGAUGCCCGCCAUCGGAUUCUCAGCUCCACCAACAACUGACCGUGGCCUUAUCCAAGUCACUUAAGCUUUUCAAACCUCAGUUUCCUCCUUAUAACACGGGGCUACCUACUUCAGAGUUGCAGGGUUUCUAAUUUUUAUUGAAAUACAACACAGAGAAGUGCACAGAUCACAAGGGCACGGCUUGAUUUUUCUUCCACUGAACAUACACGGGGUUGUCCUGGGAAGUGAAUGAGAUGUACUCAGGCUCCUGGGA